AUAACUAUGUAAAGCUGUUCAAACAACUAACUAGUUGACAAGUUUUUCCCUUGUUUUUUUAAUUGGAAACUUGAAGGCCCUUCUGGCUCAUUUUUCUCGGUAAUAAAUUGGGGCUCGGUUGAAGAGUGCUGUUGGAGCUGGAGGCACAUAAUGCUUGUUACCGGCCGCCUCAUGCUGAGGUCUCUACGUGUUGCGUCGUCAUCACCGUCAACCCCUACCCUUGAGGAAAUUGCCCCUAACCACCAUUACCCUGCAGGUGUUGCAAAAGUAGUGCUUAAAAAGGGAAAGACACAACUAUUUAAGGAUGGAAGUCCGAUGGUUUACAGUGGUGCUGUUGCUAGAGUAAUUGGUAGACCACCACCCAACACUGGGGAUAUUGUCCUCGUCGCUGAUGGCACCGAGAAACCCAUUGGUUGGGGUUUUUACAAUUCUACUUCUAUGUUCCGCGUCCGGCUAAUGCAGCAACAUGACGAAAUUGCACUAGACCCUUCUUCUUCGCUUAAUGCAGAAAAGCUACUGGAAACAAGGAUUGCAGCAGCUGCCAUGUUGCGUCAAAAUUUGGGGCUUCCUUCUGCUCAUACAAAUGCGUAUCGUCUUGUUAAUAGCGAAGGAGAUAGACUAUCAGGCCUUAUUGUUGAUGUCUUUGGAGAUUUAGCUGUAGUAGCUUCAUCAGCUGCUUGGGUGCAGAUGUACCAGCACCAGAUAAUGGAUUGUUUGAGUAGAUUAAAUAUUAUUAAAAGGAUAAGCUGGAGGCCAACUGUUGAAAUCUUGAAGGAAGAAGGCUUAGAUCUUUCUGAUUUGAAAAAACCAGAUCUAAUCAUGCCUCAAACUAUGGUUAAGGUUAUGGAGAAUCAAAUUUCAUAUUUGAUAUCCUUAGAUGGCCAAAAGACGGGCUUUUAUGCCGAUCAACGUGAAAAUCGUUGUUUCUUAUCUACCAUUUCAGAGGGUAGCAGAGUUCUUGACAUAUGUUGCUAUACUGGAGGUUUUGCUCUGAAUGCAGCAUCUGGUGGUGCUUUGGAUGUUAUUGGUGUUGAUACAUCAUUGCCUGCUUUGCAACUUGCCAAGGAGAAUGUUUCACUAAAUGGCCUGGAUCCUCGAAGGAUAUCUUUUCUGCGGCAAGAUGCAACUGAGUUCAUGAAGGCUGCUGUUUCUAGAAAUGAAUCAUGGGAUAUAGUUAUACUGGAUCCUCCUAAAUUGGCACCUCGAAAGAAGGUCUUAAAGAGUGCGUCUGGAAUGUAUAGGAAUUUGAAUUAUUUGGCAAUGCAGUUGACAAAAAGAGGUGGUCUCCUCAUGACCUGCUCAUGUUCUGGUGCUAUGACCCAGAGUGGACUGUUCUUCCGCAUUCUUCAGGUUUUCCGUGAUGGUGACACCAUUAGAGUACUGAUAACCAUGUCACUCAAUGAAGUAUCCUCCCUUAUUGUGCAAAGCAUGUGUGCGGACUGCUUCAGGCAAAAUAGCAAAACCACACACACAAAGAAUGCAGUUAAAGACAUUGAUCCACCGAGUGGAACUUUUAUUCAGCAGCAGAUAUAUUUUUCUAUUAUAGAGAGCUCAUAUCUGGUCUCUGUGUCCUUGAGUAAACUUGACUUGGUUGAUGCGUUCUCUGAUUUGCUUGCACUUAGGGUGCUGCGUCAAUGGCUGGGAGGAAAAUCACCGUCGUACGUCAGGCAGGAGCAGCAUGUGACCAUCCAAUAGAUCCUGCUUAUCCAGAGGGGGAAUAUCUCACAAAUAUCUUGCUUAGAGUGCUCUAACGUUUUUUUCUGUAUGUAGAAUGGUGGAACCCCCUUGUUUACGACAGUCCUGAAUCAAUUUUAGGACUAAAUGCAAUCCAGAAAUAAUUCAUUUCUUUUUCC